AUGUUACGGUACCUUCUUCUAACCACCCUACUCUACACAGUCAAAUGUCAAACUUGUCCUGAUGGGAUUCCUGCUGCUUUUGGUAAGAAACUUUGUUUUUAUUGCUUUGCUUAUCAAAAAAUUAUUAACCAAAUUACUGCUUUUUAUUUAUAAACUUGACUCAUGCUUUAGAAUGCGUAAAGAAAGGUGGAGAAUACAAAUGUGUUGGUGACAGUUCACUGGGAUGCGAGCAAAUCAAUGGAAUACGAUAUUGUUGUAAGUAGAAGACCAUUAUUGAAAUUCUAUAAAAGCUUUAAAACUUAAUGAUCAAAAACAAUGGAUAAGACUUUCAGGUGCAACUGACCCAGACAAGAAAGAAAAGAAGGAACCGUCCACAAAAACUGUCAUCAAAACUGACAAAACAUCGAAAAACGAAACGGAUUCAGAAGAAACAGAAACCACGACAGAUUGCUACGAUAAAGGACCAGAUUGUUCCAGGUUGAACUACCUUUGUGAUAACAGUAACUACAAAGAGAUUAUGACUGAUCAAUGUCCUGUAACUUGUGGACUCUGUUCGGAUUCAAGUGAAGAAGAAAAGAAGACGGAUUCUAAGGAAUCUGAUUGUGAAGACAGAGGAAAUGAUUGUAGAAAAUUGAGAUAUCUGUGUGAUAACUCGGUAAGAAAGACAAAGAUCCUUGACAGUAAAAUAUUUCAGAUUUACCGUGAUUUCAUGAAAAACGAGUGCCCAAAAACCUGCAACCGAUGUUAA